AUGGCGACCAACUCGAUCAAGCUCCUGACUGGCAACAGUCACGGGCAGCUCGCGAAACUGGUGGCUGAUCGACUCGGGAUCGAGCUGGCCAAGAUCAUGGUCCUACAGUACUCCAACAACGAAUCGAGCAUCUCCAUCGGCGAGUCCGUCCGUGACGAGGAUGUCUUCAUCAUCCAAUCGACCGAGCCCGGCAACAUCAACGACCAUGUCAUGGAACUCCUCAUCCUGAUCAACGCCUGCCGGACUGCCUCAGCGCGCCGUAUCACAGCUGUGCUGCCGAACUUUCCCUACGCGAGACAAGACAAGAAGGAUAAGAGUAGAGCUCCUAUUACGGCCAAGCUCAUGGCAAAUAUGCUGCAGACGGCGGGUUGCAACCACGUUAUUACAAUGGACCUGCACGCAAGUCAGAUUCAGGGGUUCUUCAAUGUGCCGGUAGACAACCUCUACGCUGAGCCGUCCACUCUGCGUUGGAUCAGGGAGAACCUGCCAGUCAAGGACUGCGUCAUUGUGUCUCCAGAUGCGGGUGGAGCAAAAAGAGCGACCAGCAUCGCAGAUGGACUAGACCUUGGAUUUGCGCUCAUCCACAAGGAGCGUUCGAAACCCGGUGAGGUUUCACGCAUGACGCUCGUGGGUGAUGUGAAGGGACGGAUUGCGAUCAUCGUGGACGACAUGGCCGAUACUUGUGGCACUUUGGUCAAAGCCGCCGAUGUUGUGAUGGAGAAUGGCGCCAGUGAGGCGAUCGCGAUAGUGACACAUGGAAUCCUUAGCGGUAACGCUAUCGAGAAGUUGAAUGGGAGCAAGCUCACGAAGCUGGUCGCGACCAACACGGUGCCGCAUGAGGAGAAGAAGAAGUUGUGUGACAGGAUCGAGACGAUAGACAUCAGCCCCACACUCGCGGAAGCAUGUCGCCGGACCCACAAUGGCGAAAGUGUAUCAUUCCUCUUCAAGCACGCACCGGUGGACUAAAGACGAAGCGACAUCAGUAACAUUUUGGGCUCACGGCGUUCGGGAAAGCACGCGAGGCGUGCCUAUAGCAGCAUGGGCUGACAAGUCACUGCAUUUGAACAAUUAUUGAGGUUUCAAG